AUGGGAAAUCUAACUUCCUGCUCCUGCAUAAAUCAGGAAAGACUUAAAGAAGACCAAAUCAUAACGGCUGCUGCCAAAUCUGACUCUGCUAUAGGAAUUUCUUAUCAAAAAUAUGAAAGCAAUAUGAUCCCUGAAAUCAAAGAAAUCUAUAUAAAAUACCUUAAUGGAAAAGGAAAUAGUAUAAGGAAUAUUCAGAUUAUUGAUAGAGGGCUGGGAGAAAUUGGCUGCAUGCUGUUAAGUUUGAUAAUACCUGAGCUUCCUAAUUUAGAAGAAUUAAACUUGGUGAGUAAUCAAAUAGGAACUUCAGGAGCAAUUAAAUUAUCUAGUGAGCUUGCUAAAUUAGAUAACUUAUGCAUACUUAUCAUUGCUUAUAAUCAUAUUGGAGAUGAUGGAAUAAUGGCUAUGUCUUCUGCUAUUCCGUUUCUAAAAAACUUAAAAUUAAUUUCUUUUGAAGGGAACGAGAUAACGAAUGAAGGAGCUAAAAAUAUUACAAAUAAUUUGAAAGAGAUGGAGCAUUUAAAAAUUUUUAAUAUCAAAAACAAUGAAAUAACGGGGAGAGGAAUGAAGAAAAUAGCAGAAGCACUUAGUGAUAUUAGCACACUUGAAGAGUUUUAUUUUGAUAUAGAUGAAAUUAGGUCAAAAGACCUAGAUAUAAUAGAAGAGAUCUUAUUAGGAGUAUCAUUAAACACCCAUAAAGAAAUUUAA